AUGACUGUUGCUGCUACCACACAACCUGAAGCUACUAAGCAAAGCCAUCCCGGCUACUUUCGCAUUGUGCGUCAAGGCACCCCUGAACAAUACUCAAGCAAGCUUGUAGCCGAGCGUGAUUUUCCAAAGGGCAGUGUUAUUGCUCAACUUGAAGGCUUAACACCUGGUCCCAAGGCAUAUUCAUCCGUGCAAAUCUCAAAGACGGAGCAUAUUGAGCUCAACAGUGAUCUUCUUUACAUGAACCACUCCUGCGAUCCUUCCGUGUGUAUGGACAUUGACAAGCGUGCUAUCACUGCUCUCAAGGAUCUCCGUACCGGUGAUGAGCUUACAUUCUUUUAUCCUUCCACUGAAUGGGAUAUGGCACAGCCCUUUGAUUGCUGGUGUGGAUCUUCUCAGUGCAUUAAGCGCGUAAUGGGUGCUCGUCAUUUGCCUACCGAAACCCUCCAAAAGUUUUGCCUUGCUAAGCACAUUGAGGAAUUAGUUGCUGAACGUCAAUAA